UCCUUGUGGGCCGAAGUCGGGAAAACCCAGAAAUGAUCAAAAUACUGGAAGUUUACUUAAUUUAGAUGUAUUAAAAAAUAUCCUGCCCGCGUGCCAGGGUUUGGACCACCUCGGUAUAUGCCAUCAAGUCCGAUUACACUGAAUUCAAUUCGCAGGUUGUUAUCUUGUGGGUCUUGAUUGUGUGUGCAUUAUUGAUUCCCAAAGCGGCAAUCUAGUCAUUAACGCAUUAGUUUCUCACCCAUGACAUGUAUCGCUGUAUAAUUAGAUAUGAACGGGGCAUUUUUGAAUGCUGAAUUAAGUUAUUGUUGAAUAUCCACACCCAGCCAGUGUUUGUAUUCCGAAUGAGUUGCCUUCACACGGUCCUAUGAUUUCCACUUAUGUGGAUUUCAUAUUCAAAAAAAUAUAUAUAUAUUUCGACUAUGCAGGUGUACUUUAUCACAUGUGUAUGGCAGGCCAUUCGUCGGAUUUGUCCUGCGAAGGAUAUGACUUAUAUUUAUCCUAUGGUAUGAAAUUAGUUAGCCAGGUAUUUUUUGUUUUCAGAUGCAUGGACUUGUCCGAAUGCUCAGCGGGUGCGCAAAACGAUCAGUGUUUGGCUCAGUAUGUUCCCCAGCUCAUUUUAGGGAGGCUAAAUGCCCCUCGCGGGUGGAUUAUAAACGCCAUUCCAUGUUAGUUUCAUGUUACAUACCCCGAGUCCCGCGUUUUGUACGUAUCAUAUAACUUACUUGCCCGGGGCGAUUUCGAUGCUAACCGAUGAUGUAUAUAAAAUCUGCUUCCCAACAGUUCGUGUUAAUUUCUUUGUAAAUCAGACAGAACUUUAGCAGUCCGUCAAAAUCUGCCAGCAACUCGUAGAAUUUCAGUUGCCAGAAAUUACUAGUUAGGCUAAUUAAUUCAAGUCUAUGAUGUAUCGAAUCUACAUGGCAGAUUUACAAUAUACUGUACUUAUCGAGCGAAUACCAAAACUGAAAACUGGCUUAAUCAUUGAUUAUCUAUCUUCAUGUAUUCUGUCAAUACAGAUGACAAUAGUAAGACUAAAGUACAGUAGUGGCGUAAUUUCAGCUUUAGCCAUUACGUUGGGAAUGAUGUCUUUGGCUUUUUUGUAUUGGAGCAUCACAUCAGAUUCUCAUCGUAAUCGGCGAUUAGAACAUGGCUAUGCUCAUUUAUUUACCUCGGAAAAUAAGAGAGCUAUUUUCGUUCCAACUUCCAUGGAAACAAUACACAUCGCAGAAAUUUUGUAUAAAAUGGCAACAGUAAGAAAACUGAUAACGUUCGUUAAAUCGUUGUUGCUCUAUCGAACGAAUCCGAUUCAUUUGCACGCAAUUACGAAUGUUAACACAGCACCAACUUUAAGAGAGCUAUUUGGUACGUGGGACAUUCCACAUUUUCAACUAACUUUAUAUGUUCGUCCUGACAUCGAAGAGGCGACAAGCUGGAUACCGUAUAUGCACCCAGCUGGAGGUUACGCCUUCAAAAAACUUAUGAUGGAUCAAAUCUUAUUGAAAUUAAGACGGGUGAUAUUUUACGAUUCUGAUAUCGUGCUCACGGCAGAUAUUUAUAAGCUAUGGAAAGAGUUUGAUAACUUUGAUUAUAGACAAGCUAUUGGAAUGGGUUAUGAAACUCAAUAUUGGUAUAAGACGGCAGAUGGAGGUAAAUUCGACGGUGCUUGGCAGGCAAUAGAUUGGGGAUUUAACACAGGGAUGAUAUUAUACGAUCUUGAAAGAUUAAGACGAAUGAAUUGGACAUCGAUGUGGAACAGAGAAGCAAGAAAAGAACUCAAAGUGGAAGGAUACGCCUUGCUUGCGGAGCAAGACGUUUUUAAUGUCUUAUUUGUACACCAUCCUGAAAUUCUUUACCAAGUUCCUUGCAAAUGGAAUAUGCAGUUUGGAGAACGUACUAAUAUACAAAGUUGUCCUAACUUAAACGAAUAUGUAGGGCUGCACACUACUUUAGUAAAGUUGUCAGAAACGAAUCCAGAUCACGUGCCUAUGCUUCCAAUUUUUUGGGAUAUUGUCAAAUCUUUUGACAACAUGAAUGGUGGACGUUUCAGUGGAAAUAAAAACAAUCUACAUCGAGUUCUUCCGUGCGCUGUUGAUAUCAAUCGUUUGUUGCUUGAAAAUACUGACGAUAUUACACUAGUGUUGUUUAUGAAAUCAAACGAGAUGAAAUUUUUUAAAAGAAUUGUUGACGAAUGGCCAGGACCAAUGAGUGUUGCCAUAUCCGGAACAGAUGAGGAAUUUUCAUUUCUGAAUAAAUUAUCGUUAAGGGGAAACAUAGGUUAUCAUUAUUUAUUCUUAAAUGAAAACGAAAACCAAGUAUCAGAUUAUUUGUUGAAAACAAUCGCCUUAAGGCAAGUACUCACAUCGCAUUUUAUAAUCGGGGAUAUUCGAUAUCAUUUGCGUAAUGGGACCUACGAGAUUCUAAAGGAAAUGGUGAUAAAUAAGAAAACACCUCAUGUAGCCAUUCCAUCCUUUGAAAGCAAGUGUUACAUUUUCAGAAAAUUUAACGGAAAAAGUGAUAUUUGGCAAAGGGUGAAAAAUAAACAUAUUAUAACUAACCCCGAAUUAAACCAAGGUCUAUUCGUAAGAUGGGGUAUCGAAGAAGAACCUUUUAACAUUGGAUGGAAAACAACAUUUGACAAAUAUCUAACACUAGAAACCGCAUUCCAUCCACUAUUUCAAAGUAAAAAUAAUGCACUUGAUUACGAAGAAAUGACUUUUACAAACGAUUGGUUAGUACAUUUGAAUGUAACUGUGCUUCCAAGUUUGUUGGCAAUAAAAAUUCCAUUUUUAGAAGAAGCAAUGGAUGAUCCAAAGUUUUCAGUCAAUUGUUAAAAAAAAAUUUUUUUUUAUGUCUACAUGUAAUUUACGAAUUAUUUUUCGAUUAACUUUUUGAAACUUCGAAAUGGCAGGCAUCAAAAAUGAUUUUCAGAUAAAUUUAAAAUUUUGUUUAUGUUGGAAUAUUUUAUGUUCCGGGGCAACCACUAUUCCGCAAAAAACUUCAAGCUACAGUACUGUGACUGACAGAAAUCCUAUUUUCUGGUAGGAUUAUUGAUCGUCGUUUUGUAGUGAAACUUUAUAAUUGAACAUGAAGUUGACCUAUAGAUCGAUUUGUUACGAUGUUGUUGGCGGUAUUCUUUUUCUUGUUGUUGUGAAAAAAUCGCUUUUCUGUGGGAUUCUUUUUUUUUGUACAAUGACGUCAUCAAAAUUAAAAUUGUGGCGGUUCCUCGUUUGUUCCUAUCUGGUGGUCAAGCGAAGUCGUGAAGAUUGUGUUACCGGUAGUCUACUGUGAAAUAUUGCAUACUUUUGGCUUUCGUGUCCAUAUAUUUAGGCAUUGUUUUAAUAAAAUUUUACUUCAGUCAAUAUUUGAAUUUGAUUUGUUCAGUUCACUUUGAUCAUAUUGAACUGACUUUUGUCCUAUGAGUAGUCGAAUUCACGCGAUGUCGCUAGAGACUGGCUCGUAGUAUUCUUGAUAUAACAGCGUAUCCGACAAAUAGUUUCCCUUGAUCAAUUUACACAUACGCAUUGAGUCAGCCUCAUGCUUCCUCACACAUAA